UUCACACACACACUCUCCUCUCUCCUUCACUCACUCGCCUAAAAAAACCCAUCACUUUCUUUUCCGCCUCCCCUUUUUCUUUUCGCUCAUUUUUUUCCAUCAAGAAUCUCAAAAACCUUUCACCCCAACAACAACCCUUUUCGAUUCGCUAGGGUUUCAAUUUUUUCAGGCAAUGCUGAGCUCCCACCUCCAUUUUUGAACACUUGUUUUUCUUCACAGAAUCUUUCAAAUGGGAAAAAGCGUGUUUGUGCUGCUCUUCACUCUCCUCCUCCUCUUCGGCGGCGUCUGCUCUGUUUCCGCCCCUUCUUCCCCUGCCAGAAUUGUAAAUGGGUUUUUCUCGAACGCAUUGUCCAUGCUGAUGAAAUGGAUUUUGUCGCUCAAGGCCACUACUAAAACUGCUAUGUCGGGGCGUCCGAUGAUGAAGUUCGAAGGCGGGUACAAUGUGGAGACGGUGUUCGACGGCAGCAAACUUGGGAUCGAGCCUUACUCCGUUGAAGUUUUGACCGACGGAGACCUUCUCAUUCUUGAUUCUGCCAACAGCAAUCUCUACAAAAUAUCCUCCGCUUUGUCCUUGUAUAGCAGGCCGAGGUUGAUUUCAGGGUCUGCAGAUGGAUAUUCCGGUUACGUAGACGGCAAAUUCAGAGAAGCGAGAAUGAAUCAUCCGAAGGGUCUUACAGUUGACGACAGAGGAAACAUUUACGUUGCCGACACCGAUAACAUGGCCAUUCGAAAAAUCAGUGAUACAGGUGUGACGACAAUUGCUGGAGGCAAACAAAGGGGUCGAGGAGGUGGACACGUGGACGGACCGAGUGAAGACGCUAAAUUCUCGAACGAUUUUGAUGUUUUGUAUCUCGGGAGUAGCUGUUCGCUUCUUGUUAUUGAUCGUGGAAAUAAAGCGAUUAGGGAAAUACAGCUUAAUUUCGAUGACUGUGCUUAUCAGUACGGAAGUGGUUUUCCCCUUGGAAUUGCUGUGCUUGUAGCAGCUGGCUUCUUUGGUUAUAUGCUAGCUUUGCUCCAACGAAGAGUUGGUUCGAUUAUUGUAUCUUCUCAAAAUGAUGAUAAUGAAGUCAUGAAAGAGAGCAUAUAUCAGAAUCAGAAGCCAUUGAAGUCUUCGAUGCGGCCCCCACUAAUCCCGAACGAAGAAGAUCAAGAAAAGCAUGAAGAAUCUUUUAUGGGAUCUUUAUUCAGGCUCGUGGCACAAACCGGAGAAUCCUUUGCAGAUAUUCUAGGAGGGGUUUUUCCGAUUUUCAAGAAAAAACAACAAACUCUAAACAAUUACCAAUAUUACAACAAUAACCAUCAGCAGAUCAAGUAUUCGAAUAAUUGGCCGGUGCAAGAUAGUUUCGUUAUACCAGACGAUGACAUGCCCCCUUCGAUCGAAACACGAACCCCUACUCCUAAAAAGACGUACGCAUUUAUGAGGGAAGAUUCCGAGAAAAUGCAGCAGCUUAAACAGAGCCGUGCCUUCUAUUCCGGAUUGGACGGAAACUUCCGGAAGGUUCAUCAACAACAGAAUCUUAAUCAGUAUCGUUCGUCGGCCCCACAAACUUACUAUGAGGAAGAUUCUGAGAAGACGAACGAGAUAGUUUUUGGAGCUGUGCAAGAGCAAGAUAAGGAGAGAGAAGCUGUGGUUAUAAAGCCUCUCGAUUAUGGAUUUGCUCCACCGCCUUACGAUCGUAAGAAUGUUCGUUCGAGAGGGAAUUACAUGCACGAGCGUUGAUUCGUCUUGUGCGUGUAAUAAAAUGUUUUUUUUUUGUUUGAUUUGUUUAUGAUUUGAAAUUGUUCAUUUGGCUUUGAGUUCAGUGGUUUGGGGUAUAGCUAGGUGGGAAAUUAAGAUAGUGUUUUUAGUAUAUAUAUUAUAUAUAUAUUUAUAUGGAGAGUGGAAUUAAUCUUGUUUAUUGGGAAGAAACUAAUUGAAUUCUUCUCUCUUAAUUCAGAUCAAUAUAUUCUGUCUUUUUGUUUA